AGACAUGGACCACAUCUCUACCAACACUGCCAUGUAAUGGAGGAUGGGGGCGAAAGCCUACGACAAUUCUGUGAGGCGUGUGAGGUGAAGGGACCUCAAGCAGUCUUGUCACACUUCGAGGAGCGAGAGAUCUAUUGCUUGGAGGAUCUUCGCAAAGAAGAAGAUGAGGAGCUCCACAAAAGCUUGCGAUACAAUCGAGAUCUUGAACGAGGAGAUGCCAAAAAGGUCAUGUCUGGAUUGGAGCGUCUGAGAAAGCCCAAGGAAGACAAGACAUGUGGCGUGCCUUCGAUGUUGAAAGCCCAGCAAGCUGCCGUCGAAGUUGCCGACAGUGCAGCUGUGGACAAGCCAAGGAAAAUUAUCGAAGACAUCCUGCAGCGUCACCAUUUUGACUACCUCGACACCGUGACAAUUAUUCGUGAGGAGGAGGCCAUAGAGUGCAAACGAAGGCUGGAGGACUGUCUCAAAUCAUGGCUUUUAGAGCGAGCAGAGCAACGAGGAGCUGGCCCACAUGCUGCCAGGACAUGCAUCGCAGAUUUGCGUGAACCGGAAGAGCUUGACUCCUUGCGUCAAAAAGUGAAACGACUCAGAGAGGAGAGUGCGACACUGGCUAGACAGAACCAUCACCUCCUGCAACAAGGGCAGGAGAAGGACCAGGUGCAUCAGGAAGAGAUGGAGAAAAUGCAUGAAGAACAGCGCCGGUUUCUGUUGGAAAUCCAUUCUCAGAGACAGCGGCUGGAGGAUGCUGCGAGACAGCUGGAAGAGAAGAGCCAGGAGAAUCAUCAAAUCCAGGAAGAUUUGCUAGGGUGUCAGCAGGAGUUGAAGAGAAAGGAGAUGUCCCGGAUGGCCCAGCAAGAGAUGCCAGCGGCUUCUUGGAGUGACCCACACUUGAAAAAGGACCUGCCGGACGAGCGCCGGAAGGAAGGCUGUGAAUGCAGGAAGUUACAGGAAAUGCUCGCAAAAAAAGAGCAGUGCAUCGUAGAGCUUGAGGAACGUCUAAGCAACGCCCGGGUGGAGCUCCAAACCUGGCAGCGAGAAGCGGACCGUGGUGCCACUCAAAGAGUGCCAUUCAAAGCAGAAGGGGAGGAGUGCAAAGAGUUCAAAUCACAACCCCAAGGGUCUGCCCUCCAACCUCAUGCAACCUCAAUACGGCCGCGCAACCCCAUCAGCCAUGGUGCAGAGCAUGUCAAGGUAGGCUCCAAGAUCACGCUUCCAGCAGAAGGGGACCCACGACUACGUUACAUGCGUAUUGAGUGGUCGCCUCAGAUGCGGAAGCAUUGUGGCCGCGUGGGCGUCGUGAAGAAUCACUGGAGAGAUUCUGUUGAGGUGACAGUUGACAAUGAUACAUGGUUUUGGGAUUUGGAGGUCAUCCCAUCAGGUGCAGUCAGGUAUUGUUUUGAAGGAUGUCCGUUGCAGGACUUUCAAGUGUGUGGCAGAAAAUCGAAGUGCAGUGUGUGCAAAGUUGAUCUCCUGAGAGGUUUUGGGGCACUCAGGUGCAAGAGUCAUGAGUACACAGUUUGCAAGUAUUGCCAAGGUGUCACCACAGUUCCCGAAGUUGGAAGCAAGGUGGUCCGUGGGCCCUCGUUCAAGGCUCUUCAUGGAGAAUCAGUUGAGGUAAAGGAGGAGGAUCAAGGAAUUUGCAUCAGACAACCUGUUGAUGGCGAGGUGAAAGUGCGCUGGGAGAGAACUGGAUCAGAAUCUCACCAUCGGGUGGGGAAGCAUUACCAGGAUGUUUGGCCUGCUUCUGGCUGAGGAUUCUGCAGCGAAGGGAUGCCGAACACACCUUCCUCCCCGAAUGGGGGGGAUUUGUGCUGUACAGACGUUAUGGCAUUUGUCAAAAGCGCGAUGCUCCAUAGCACACGGCUAUACAUGUGGCAAACUUUUCAGAGCCCGAAGUGAUUCGUCAGGUUCGAUUUUGGCAAAACGGCUGUGCACGAAGCAGGCAAUUGCUGUGAGCUUGCGUUUGCCGGAGGACGCCUACGGGCAGG